AGACGAGUCAAGCAGUAUUUGCGAUUGGCGUGAUCGUGUUCAGACAGAUUUUCAUUGAAUAGCAUGAUCGACAUUUAUUAAACCGCAGGUUCACGACCGAGUAACCAACUGAGCGCUUAGAGGAAUAAAGUAGAAAAGCACAGUGAAGACGAGUCUGCAUAGAUUUCUUGACAUUGUUGGACAUCUAAACUUUGAGAAGGUGAUGUCAGUUUAGGAUUAUUGUGUGCGAUGGAGACGAGCCGCUGUAAGAUCGUGGUGGUCGGAGACACGCAGUGUGGAAAAACGGCUUUAUUACAUGUUUUCGCCAAGGACUCGUAUCCAGAGAAAUAUGUCCCAACAGUUUUUGAAAACUACACGGCUAGUUUUGAAAUCGACAAACAGAGAAUCGAGCUCACCAUGUGGGACACGUCAGGCUCCUCCUACUAUGAUAAUGUGCGUCCACUGGCCUAUCCGGACUCAGACGCUGUUCUCAUCUGCUUUGACAUCAGUCGACCAGACACACUAGACAGUGUACUAAAAAAGUGGCUUGGUGAGAGUCAGGAGUUUUGUCCCAGUGCUAAAGUAGUGUUAGUGGGCUGUAAACUGGACAAGCGGACGGAUCUCCAUACACUGCGAGAGCUUGCCAAACACACACUCAUACCAGUUACACAUGAACAGGGUGCGACUCUGGCCAGGCAGAUUGGAGCAGUGGCGUACACAGAGUGCACGUCCAGAUACUCUGAAAACAGUGUUCGUGAUGUGUUUCAUGUAACUACAGUCACCUCCGUCACCGGAAUACAACAUCCAGUUAUGAAGCGUUACAACUCUUGCCUCAAACAAGUUCCCCAGCAUCCUCAAUGCCAAGAGAUCCUGGACUGUCCAAAUGCCAUCCGGAAAGUCAGAUCCAAGAGCUGCACGCUGAUGUAGGACAUGAUGUAAACAGGCUUAUCUUAUUAUACAACAAGUGCAUAAGGAACCUGUUUAGAGAUGCUACUGUUUCAGUUCUAGCUGAUUGGGGGAUAUGCUUAUGAUGUCUUUUUAUGGGGACAUCUAAUGAUCUCAUGGAGGGACCAUAAAAAAGAUGAAUCUUUAAAUAUUUAAGAGAAAGGUAAAGUGGAAUAUAAUUACCUUUUUUAUGACCAUUAAAAGACAAUUGUGUGAUUGAAAGGAGGAUCUAACCCACAAUUGCACUUUAUGCCCAGAGACACUCUUUUUAUUUGUAUUUAAAUAUUGUUGUGAAAUUAGCACAAUUGGUAAAUGCACAAACAUGUUAAGAAAACAUUUUAAUAAUUAAUGUAAAAAUAAUUAUUUUAUGUUUACCAACAUUUUAUUAACACAAAAUAUUAAACCUUUUUAAAUCUGUAAGAAGCACUUAUUUGAGAUAUUUUAAGCUUUUGAUUUUAUUAGGAAAAAUUAUAUGGAAGAAUACUUCUAUGUACUUUAUGGUUUUACAAGCAUUUGUGAUUGUGAACAGUAUUUUGGUCUUCCU